UGUGUUUAAAUUCGCCCUCUGGUGGUUAGUAUAUGGCAGAGCAUUCUAGAUGCUUUGUUUACUCACUGACGGGUGCCAAAGACACCGGCUGCUCCAAACUUUCUAUGUAAAAAGAGCUUACGAACAGCAAUUUGAUUCAAAGUCAUAGCUACUUUUGGUAUGACAAGCAUGCUGAUUUGUUUUCGGGGAGUGGCAUUAAGACAUUGAGGAGACGUUUAAGCCCUGUCAAGCCACUUCUUGCCGCGGCUUCUGGCAGGAUAUGCAAGUAUGUACAAUAUUUAAAACAAAUCAUUACUAUGUUCUUUUAAAACGUAUAAAGGUUUUUCACACAACAUUGCAUUUAUUCUUCCGAAAUUGAACACAAAUGUGGUGGAGACGGGUAUGGGCAGGUGGAAAUUCACUUAUAAAUCCUGAUUGGCUAAGCCCCGGUCACGAGACUGUAAAAGAGCACUCUGUCUCUCAGAGCGACUCCCAUAGCGUCGUUAGCAACCAGCCUCGGUUCCCAGCGGUCCACGGCGCAGCGAAUUUAUGAUCUGUGGAUAUGCCUGUUAAUAAAUCACCUAUGAUAAAUACAUAUGGAGGCAUAUCUUCCCCUUAUAAUGAAGAACGCCGGAAAUUAAACUUUCAACAUUUAAGUGGAGAAAGGAGUACUAAAUCAAGGCCAACAUUUUCAGUCACAACAGAAUUCAUCUUGAGAUUCAAUCAAACACAAAAUUCCAAAGAGAAGAAAGAAUUGUUGGAACUAGCUAGAAAAAUCAUUAUCAGAUGUAAGAGAAAAUUGGGUCUCAAAACCUUGGGCUCUGGGAAGCAUGUGCAUCUUCCUGCUGCAUGGACUGAAGUAAUAUAUCUGGCUCAAUGCAAAGGGGAAAUCCAAGAUGAAGCUUUAAAUAUGCUUUAUGCUUCCCUGGACCAUGCUCCCUUUGAUUAUGAUCAUCUGCCUGCCCUAUUUUUUGUUGCGGAAUCGGUUUUAUACAGACUCUGUUGUGAUGCAUCCCUCCAGACAUAUUUAUAUUCAGUUGAACUAAAGCUAGCAAAGAUUGGCUAUUUGGUCUUCUUACGACUUUUUAUAUUUUUCCUGCAUGGUCACCUAGAAUGUUUUAAACAACAUUUACUUAGGCUUCAACCAUAUUUAUACGCACUUUCUUUCUCUGGAGAAUCAUAUUACAAGUAUCCAAACAUCUUUUCAAAUGUGCAAUUCAUCCUGAAAGCCUCGGAAAUUAUAGGUAAAAGAGAACUCCGCUCUGAAUCAAUUUUUAGCCCUGUGGAAAAUGAAAAAAGAUAUGAGAACACAGAUUCUGAUAUGGGAGGAUAUGAAAUCAACCACCUGCUCUGGCACUGUGUUGCUGCUUGGUCUUGUGUUCAGAAUAACAGUCCUCAGUUGAAUAACGUGCUUGAACAUCUCAUCUUCCAUAAAACACAGCUUCAAAAGAAAUGCUGGUUGGAUUCAGUACUGGCUUUAUUGGUCCUUGGGGAGGCUGCCAAAUUAAACAUGGGCUGCUUGAAAGCUUUAAUGGACCUAGUGAAAGAUUUUGUUUCAAGCAUUAUGUCUGUUCAAAAUCAGGAGGAAAGUUGCAAGGUAGAAGAUUUUUCCUGGGCCUGGAAUGUAGUCUACAUAUAUACAGUAAUUCUUGCAGAAAUCUGCAUGUAUGCGGCCACUUCUGAUUUGCGAAAAACUGCUUUGAUCGGUUUCUGUCACUGUAAAAGUUCCCGAAAAUAUAUUUUACACCUGGACAAAUCAGUACAGCCAGAAUUAAAGGAAACAAGUAUUUUAAGUCUUUUGGAAUAUUUCUCUUCCAAAAUGUCAGAUAAUUGUGAUCAAGUAGUCUGGACUGGUUACUAUGGCUUAGUGUAUAACCUGGUGAAAAUGUCAUGGGAACUUCAAGGAGAUGAAGAACAGAAUGGACUUAGAAACAUGAUAUGGCAAACAUUGCAGAAAACAAAGGAUUAUGAGGAAGAUGUACGAAUUCAAAAUGCAAUCAAUAUAGCUCAGGCUGAGUUAAAUGAUCCAACAGAUCCUUUCACUAGGCACAGUACAAAAAUUUCAUCAAAUGUAAGAGAAGAAGUUUUCUCCAAAUAUAUUGGGUGGAGGAUUACCAGCACUCUUUCCAAACUCUUCUUUCCCCCAGUUGAUGCCUGUGUUCUUCCUUUGAAGAAAUCAUCAAUAAAACAAGAUCAAAAGAAAUAUCCGGAUAAAAAGCCGAAGUCCAUGAAAAAGAAAUUUCUACAUUUUACUGUAAGGUAAAGAGAAUUACUUUUAAUUUUUCUAAUAUAUUAUAAUUCAAAAAUCACAGAAAUUACAGAUAAUCAUGUGGCACAUUAUUUAACUCAGUUUCUCUUUUUCAACUCAAAUUUCAGCUCCAUCACCUCCUAGGUAGCCUAUCACUGAGGAAGUUCCUCCCUUCUCAGAAACUCUUUCUUCAUGUUUAUAAUGGGUAUUAUUACAUAAUACAAAUCAAUGUCAAUGUAAAUCUUGUGUGGGAAAUACUGACUUAAGGCAGAAACUAAAUCAUUCAACAUUCAAAAUUUUAAGACCCUAUUUUAUGUGUAUAUACAUACAUAUAUGUAUACAUAUUUGAUAUGUAUUUAACAUAUCUAAGAGUCUUGAAUAUAGUCUCUUCAAAGAAUGCUAGUUAUGAGGCUAACUAAAUUUUUUUGUUUCAACUCCUCAUAAAUUUAUUUCAAAGGACACCAGGGAACAUUGGACUUAGGAGCAAUUUAUUAAGUGAAUAAUUUUCAAAUUUAUUUAUCAUUUCUUCAACGGUAGAUUUGUUUCAGAUUCUUAGGGUCCCUGUUACUAUUUUAACAUACACAGAAUGUUAAGAUGUUAAAAGUUACUUUUAGACAGAUUUUAAAAAUAGAUGAAAAAUUACUCCUGAUAUAUAACACAGGCCUUAUUUUACAUUGUAGAUCUCUUAGUAAAGCUUUAAUCGAGAUGGAAACUUUUUAUUUACUCUUUAACUCAAGUCAUUUGAAGAGUAUAUUGUUAUAUGUUUUCUACUAAUUUUAAUAGUCACUAUAAAGUCAGUUUUCCUUGUAUUUUAAAUAAUUUUUUAUAUGUUUGGUGCUCUAUUGAGCAAUUCAUUCCUGAUAGACUGUGAUCAAUUAAUAGAUUGCACAUUGAUUUUGAUUUUGCCAUUCUGGAUUUUUUUGUUAAUUUUACCUGCUAUAUAUUGUUCUGAUUGGCUUUGUCUUUGUAUCUUUUUGCAGUCUAAUCGAAAAACCUUUGUUCCUAGCUUAGAGGAAUAUAACUCAGUGAAUAAACUUAGCUGGCCUAAAUAGUUGCUGAAAAUGUAUCUGUAAACUUAAACCUAAGUUUUAUUCAAUUCCUGAAUAUAUACUUUCUUAUGUAUUUAUUUUUAUUUUUCACUUAAGUCUUAUCAGAUAUUUUAAAUACCUGCUGAAUAUUUAAAAAUAUGUUGUAUUUGCCUCCACAAAUGAGAAAUAAUUUGGAUUAAUAUGUAAAAUCGCUUAUCCUUUAUAACUUGCCACAGUGUUUUCCUGUGUUUAAAAAGUCUAGUAGGAUAUGUGACUCUAUUUCCUUUGUAGGAUCUCCCCACUUUGUUAAGAAAACCUGUACAUAUUCUCUUUCAUACUGUUUCAUGAAAAAUGCUUCAAAAUUCUGUACAUUAAAGGUAGAAAGUUAAAGCCUCUUUAGGUGACAGGCCCUUCUUUCCCUGGUUUACCCCCAUCAUAGGUAACAACAUCAGUAAUUGCUGUGUUUCCUUUCAAGUUCUAUAAAAUGUAAAUAUAAUACAUUAUUAGUAUUUUUAAUUUUCCCCUUCAUUUUAACAUGAAAGUUAGCAUAGUAAACAUAAUAUUUGGAAUAUUGCAUUUGUCAUUUAGGCUCAUUUCAGAUAAAUUUUCCAUUUCAAUACAUGAAGAAUUUUCUAAUUAUUAUGUUUUAAUCAGACAAAUUUUCCUUAUUGCAGAGCUUAUAACUUGCAGUGAAUGCCAAGAGCAAAGUACUCACAGAGCUCCAGCUGAGCAGGGACAGGGAAUAGUCUUCCUAGAGAGUCCGCCCCAGCAUCUGUCCACCAAGUAUUUAUUGAAAGGGCUUGUAUUAACUACAAACAUCCACUAGAUGGUCAUCUGAGGUGGGUUACUGAGGCACCUGUGACCUUGUACACACUCAAACUGCUUUCUCAGAAGGCUGUUUUUAGCAUUCCUUAUCACACCACACAUUCUACUCCCUGUCCUGUUUUCAGGGUCAAGGAGUUUUAUUCCCAUGCACAAAUAACAUACACAGUGCCUCAGUAUUUUUCUAUGCCCCGACCUCAAAUGACAUGUACAUAAGUCUUAAUAAGUUGCCAUGCACCCUGCAUAUCUCCUCCUUCUUUAAUUCUUAGAGCAUGCUGGCCAUCCAAAGCAAGGUAAGCAUCUAGUGUUCUUCCCUGGUUGUAGAUGCAUUGGGUGGCAGCACCGAGUCAUGUGCAGAUGCCUAGCAAAGAAGAAAGUAUAACAGCCAUCACCCAAAUGUGUAUGUUUAACCCAGACAACAAGUGUUUGCGUUUAACCAUUGAAAGCCUUUCAUAAUUGCUGAAAAGUACUUGUUUGUAAUUGCUGCGACCAUUCUUCAAGUUGAUUCUUUAAUUCACAUGGAAAAGUGGAAAUUUGAGAAGACAAAUGGUCACGGUAAGCCCCUUGUAGAUGUGCUUUUCUGAAUAACUGCAAGGUAGAAUCUCCCUCCCAGUUCCGGGUUAAAUUUACAGGCAGCCACAAUUCUGCAUGCGAUUUUAAAAUUAUGACAUAGGUUAUAUUUAACUGGGUAACAUUUCGAUGAAACAAGCACAUAGCAUACCACCUACUGGAAGAGACUUUAAUACUAUAAAAGGAUAGAUUCUGCUCUAUAUUAGGAAUACCUUACAGAAGUAUAUAGGGGUGGAUAAUACAAAUCAGGACUAUAUCUGUAACAUUAUUCUGCAAAAAGAAGAUAUAGUUGCCGCCACUAAUAAUGUACUCACCAUGUGAAAGAAUUUGUUCAAAAAAGAGGUGUACUUAUCUCCAAAUUUGAGUAUGAGCAGGGCUUAAAGCUAGUUUCCAUUUUAGUUGUAAUAUUGGCCCUCAAAGCCCAUACUCUGACCAAGUGAUAGAACUAUUGGAGGGACUCCCAAAUCCAAUAGUCUGAUUUGCAGACAUAAGAUAACCAUGGGGACCCCAAUCAAGUAAGGUGCCAUUAUCAUACAGAGGCCCUCUGGAUGGCAUUGAACUUACAUUGUCAGUCCCUACUCAGAUGGCAUAUGGGAAGAUCAGGCGCUUAUGUAGCUUCAUUAAAGACCUUAGUAAGAUUAGUAGUAACAGCAGAAAUAAAGGUCAAAUCUACAAGUUUAGCAUCCUUUUGGGCUGAUAGUAAAGACACUCCUGAGGAAUGAGAGUAACAUGCUUAGGUGCUAUUCUGGAAAACAAAGAGAGGGAUAACUAGACAAGUCAAGGAAUCAUUAAGUUUAAUUCAUUUCAAAUUUUCAGUUAAGGGGUAAGACAGGGACAUCUAUUGACCUCCUGUCCAAGAAGUAUCAUUAGAAGACAAAGGCAGGUCAGCAUCCCACCAUGUAAUAACAUU